UAUACAGGCUGAAUCUGAACCCAACAGUGACAAUAAGAUGGAGCUUUCGGCUGCUACUGAGCUGCAUGGCCCUGAAAUUCAGCUUGUUUCUCCCCAAACGUGUGUCUGUAAUCCUCCAUCCCUUCUCUCCCAACCUGAGCCUUCUCUGUCUUCUCCUACUCCCACUGCUCUUGCUACCAAUGACACUGUCGAUCACCCACCCUUAUCUGCUAACCCAAUUCCCGCUGCCACCAUUCACCAGACCCCACCAUCCACUGACGUCACCCCGGACACUACCGACUGCCUGCCUUCAUCUGAGCCUAUUGCUGCUGCUGACCCCAUAGCCAAAACCGACUGUACUGACCAGCCUUUGCCCACUGACCCCGGUAUCACUAACGCUGGACCGUCUCCCUCUGACGCUGCACCUCUGCUUGCCGAUGCAGUUGCUGCCGAUGCCAUUAACUCUCUGCCUAUUUCUGCCGCAGACGAGCAGCCUUUGGUUGGUGAAGUAGACGCUGCCGUUCAUCAGCCACCUUUGCCGACCGAGGCAGUCGCUGCAAACACUGGCCUGACUCCAUCAGACGCCAUUGCUGCUGCUUCCCCCGCUGUGCCUUUUUCCACUGACCCAGGUGUUUCCUCUGCUGGGGAUGAAGAUACUUUAGCACCCACUGCCUCUAUCACUGAGCUCCCCCCAUCUCUCUCUGUUCCAACCAUCCCUCUUCAACCCACCAUUCCUUCCCCUCAACCAUCUUCAACUUCAACUGCCCUGCUUGAUGAGGAGGAGAUGCCACCUUUGAUUCCUGGUGUGGAAGAGAACCUUCCCUAUGAAGUUCCUGUCCCACGCGUUGUGGAGAAGGCAGUUCCCAAGACAGCUGCAACUGAAAAGCAGCCUGUGAUGAAGCAGAAUGAUAAGGGGUCCGGCACCGAAUCAGACAGCGACGAAUCUGUCCCAGAACUGGAGGAACAAGACACGACUCAGUCAGCAACACAACAGGCACAGCUCGCUGCAGCAGCUGAAAUAGAUGAAGAACCAGUCAGCAAAGCAAAACAGAGCAGGAGUGAAAAGAAGGCGCGAAAAGCAAUGUCCAAGUUGGGGCUUCGUCAGGUAACUGGGGUAACCAGAGUCACAAUACGAAAAUCGAAGAACAUCCUGUUCGUCAUUACAAAGCCAGAUGUCUACAAGAGCCCAGCCUCUGAUACCUACAUAGUCUUUGGUGAAGCGAAGAUCGAAGAUCUCUCUCAGCAGGCUCAAUUAGCCGCAGCAGAAAAAUUCAAAGUACAGGGCGAAUCCGUUGCCAAUAUUCAAGAAAACACACAGACUCCGACUGUACAGGAGGAGAGUGAAGAGGAAGAGGUUGACGAGACUGGAGUGGAGGUCAAAGACAUUGAGCUGGUUAUGUCCCAGGCCAAUGUGUCUAGGCCCAAGGCUGUCCGAGCACUGAAAAAUAACAACAAUGAUAUUGUAAAUGCUAUUAUGGAGUUGACGAUGUAAACAUCUGGAACGCAGCAGUGGUGAAUGGUCCGUUUUGGUGCAGCUUCCGUACAUUUGUACCAUUUAUACUGAAACGUCAAAUAAAAUGUGGCUUGAAAUUCA